ACCGCGACUGCGUGAAUGUGUCCAGUGCCGGAACUAUGGUUGUGUACGCGUGAGGAGCUGUCAGUACCCGGAGGAGAGAAACAAACAACAAAAAAACCACAUUCAAUUCAAACCCUGUUGUACUGGAUAGUGUGUGUUUAGAGGGGGCUUUCUGAUUAAAAUAAAAGUAACACGUUACAGGCUUGAGGUAAAACGUGAACCAGAGGGGACGAGCCGUUCGCUGUACACUGGGCUGAAAACUUUUUCACCACGUGAUGAGCAGUAAUGCAGCCAGUCCCAUGUCAGGUGCAGGGAGCACAGCAUCAAGCACUGGGAGGGGAUCUGCAAAGUCGACCAGCUUUGUUAUGGAGCUUCAGACCAUGAUGUUUGCUUUUGGAGAUUCUCGGCGACCUCUCCCGGAAACUGCUGUUUUGGUUGAAGAUAUUGUACAUUCUCAAUUGAUUAACAUGUUACACCAAGCAGCUGAAAUCUCACAAGUCAGAGGAGCUCGAGUCAUAGCAGCAGAAGAUAUUCUGUUCUUAAUGCGGAAAGACAAGGGAAAGCUACGACGUUUGCUAAGGUAUAUGAGUUUCCGGGAUUUCAAGUCCAAAAUUAUUAAGAGUGUUGAAGAUGAAGAUGUUAUUGAAGCAGACAAAUCCAGCAGCAGUAUAAACAAGCGCCAGAAACUCUACCAAGAAUUCCUCAGCUCCAUUGACCAAACAGGGGAGCUGCUGGGCUUGCUUGAGGAGGAUGAUGCUGAUGAAGUCAAACAGGAGCGGCUGGAGAGAGCUGAGCGCCAAACUCGAAUGAUGGAUUCAUCCCAAUAUGCAGAGUACUCCGAGAGCCGCCAGCUGAGUUUUGCCAAGAAGUCAACAAAGUUUAAGGACUGGUUGGAUUGCAGCAGCAUGGAGGUCAAGCCUAAUCCAGUUGCAUUAGAGAUCAUGGCAUAUAUAGCCCAGGAGACAGUGGCCCAGCUGGUAGACCUAGCCCUUUUGGUGAAGCAGGACAUGGCUGCUAAAACAGGAGACCCAUUCAAUAACGCCAGAUCUGUGACACUUGCACAUCCCAAUGCUGCAUUACCUGAGACACAACUUCAAGUUCAAUCUGUGAGUCUGAAGAGUAAUCCUGAUUCUCCUGAGAAUACACCCCCAUCAACGCCAACAACCCCUGCAUCAGCAACACAUCUUGUGUCUAAAACACAUUCAGGAAAUAUGGGGAAUGGUGGCAUGGGGCAAGAACCCAGCAAUACUAAAGCCAAAACCCGCAAGAGAAAAAAGAGUGCUGCAGCUUGUGGUCUAGAGACUCACAGUGAUGCCAUACAGCCCAGCCACAUCAGAGAGGUGAUCCGACGGUACAGCCACAAAAUUGGCCCUCUUUCCCCAUUCACAAGUGCUUACCGCAGAACUGGAAUGACGUUUCUAGCCUGCUGAGGGCGGAAGGAACAAGAAGGCUGUUGUUACUGAAAGGUGAAGUUGCUCCAAGAAAACAAGACUGUGUCAGUACACUGUGUACGUGUGUUUGUGUGUGUUGGGUGAACAUUUGUGACAAGUCACUGACCUGCACCCUGCCAUCAAUCCUGUUUACUUGGUGGAAUAUUUUAGUUAAUUAAAGGCAGGAUGUUUGGCCUGCAUGUAGGUGGAUAGGAACGCAGAUCACCAGCUGCCAGCUUACAUGCGUGAUUAUUUGUGUCAUAGAGCUUAAACAGAAUGAAAUCUUUUUCUAACCAAGUACAUGUAAGGGGUAAUUUUCUGAGUUUGUGCUUGUGGUGUGAAGCCUCACCCACCAGGAGGGAAUUUGAAUGUGGGCUGCAUGUGAUUUUUCAAGUCAUUUAAACUAAUUUGAGCUCCUGAAUUACCGAUGUAUGCUACCAAAAGGUGAAAACCCCAGCAGAGGUGUGAAGUCAGAAAAUUACAAUGAGAAUCACUUAACGUAUAAUUUAAAUGAACUGGAAAGUAUAUGAAAAGCUUUAAAACUGCAUGUUUCAUCAUUCUUCUUUUGUACGAAAUUUUUAAGGGGGCAAGUACUUUUCUAUUCUAACUGAAAUAGUCAAAACUUGAGUUAUGUACAAGGUAGUUAGAAUACUGAAUAGUUACAGGCAAAAUUAUGCUCUUUCAUAAAUCUGUGACAAUGUACUAACUUAUUUAAUUUCCAGUAAGCAAGGGGAAAUAUCAAAAACCUCUAUAAAUGGCAUGACCAACAUUGAAGCAAUUACAUUUAUAAGGGUAAUGAAACAACAUUUCCACAAUGAUGAUUUCAGUGUUAAAUUCACUAGCAUAACUAACAAAAUGUAAAUGCUGUGAUUUAUUGAUUUCAUGGAGCUUAAAAUAUAGCAUUAUAUUCACUUUCUUGAACAGCAUUAGCAAUAAAUGCAGAAAGCAGAAUAUAAAUAUCUGAACAUUAUACAGUAUUUAAAGGUAGUGUUAAGAAAAUUUGCAUUUAUCUUUACUUUUAGUCUGAACAUCUCUAUUUUUUCAUACUUUACAUCAGAAUGUUUACUAUAAAUAUCAACUCGGUAGAUAUUGACAUUAUUGUACAACUCCCAAGGUCAAGAGUGCUAACUUAAGAUUGAUGCACAAAACAGUGUUGAAGAGAACAGAAAUUAAAUUUCUCAUUGUCACCUGAUUUUUUAAAAAUUUUGAUACUACAUGGUUUUUCUAAGAUCCACUAUUAAAAGCUGGUGUGCAAAAGUAGUAAAUAAAAACAUGCCUUAAAAAAA